AUGGCUGAGGAGCAUCCCAACCUGCUAGAGGAAGCACUGUCUCUAGAGUCAGAAGAUUCAUCUGAAGAGGAAGAGGACUCAGUCAGGACAAACCUAGAUAACCCAGCCUUGUUCACAGAAGAAUUUCAUCAGCCUGUGCUGAACGGACAAAGCAACAUCAUGCACUUAGAAGAAAUACAGAAGCUUGCACCACAUUUACCUGUACGAGUGAUAGGACACCCGUGGAACCUCAUCUACUGUACCGCACGGGAUGGGUUUAGCCUGAAGUCUAUGUAUCGGAGCAUGAGUGAGUUGGCUUCCCCUGUGUUGUUGGUUAUCAGAGAUACUGAUGGCCAGAUAUUUGGUGCCUUUUCUUCCACAGCCAUUCAUGUCAGCAGCUGCUUCUAUGGCAAUGGAGAAAACUUUCUCUUCUCCUUCACUCCACAACUAAAGGUAUUUAAAUGGACAGGUAAAAAUACCUUCUUCAUGAAAGGAGAUGCAGAUGCUCUAGCAAUUGGUGGAGGCAGUGGCAAAUUUGGAUUGUGGCUAGAUGGGGAUCUUAACCAUGGAGGAAGUCAUCCUUGUGAGACAUUCAACAAUGAGGCUCUAUCUCCUAAAGAGGAAUUCCUCAUCCAAGAUUUGGAAGUUUGGGCACUCUCUUAAACCAAAGGGAAAAAUGUCUCAAGCUUCCCAUGGUGUGGACAAUGUGAGUGCAAUGGGAUCAAGGUUUAAUGAAGUAUUCCUCUUGGUGUGGAUUCACAACUUCCCUUCAAUGGAGCAUCAACCUGUCUCAGAUUUCCUGUCUGUCUAUAAAUUGACCAGGAAGCAAAUAUUGAAACAUCCCACAAAUGCUCUCAUAGUCUAGUCCCUUCUCAAAUAUUCUCCCUUUCUCAAGUUAGAAAUGCUAUUUUCUAGUGUUAUGGCCCUAGAAAGAUGGGCUAGGUGGGUCAGUUGUUUCAAUGCCUCAAAGUUGCCGUUUGGUCUAUUCAUUCCAGCAUAAGAAUGGCUGAUAAUCCGCAUAAAAUCAAGAAAAGCUUUUCUAAUAGUUACGUUGUACACUAUAUAAGUAUUCGCAAUCCUUUAUUGGAGGAAGAGCCUGGACAGUUCAUUGCCGUACAUGUUACCUACCUUACUGAGGUGCAGAUCCAACCUAUCAAAGGAUGGACUAAGCUUCCUAUUGUUGUUGUUGCUAUUAUGUACCUUCAUGUUGACACUGACUUACAUCAACCUUAUUGUAGGGUUUUCUUGACAAAGCUUUAUUCAAUGGAGUUCACCACUGUCCUUCCUUUACUCUUCCUGAUUCUGUUAAGAGUGGCAGGAAAUAUAGGUUGCUUACCUGUAAACAUAAGUUUCCUGAGUGGUCACCUGCGGAUUUGCACAUAUGGUUUAUGCCUGCGCUCGCGCAGGAAUAAACCAUAUGUGCAAAUCGCAGUGACCACGAGGGGAAAAAUACAAUAUCCUGUGAUUACUACAGGCACUAGAAUGUGAAAGCUCUGGACAAGUUUUCUUAGGAGUACUCUCUAGUUGUGUGAUAAUAUGACUCUGUUGCUCAACAAAUGCAACUCAUAGCAUAAUGCUAUCACUGAAGAAUACUGAGAGUUGCAUCUGGUGGCAUAUGAUUCUUCUUUAUAUCAUCCUUGCCCUAAGAGAAAAACAGAACUAAAAUACUGAGCUGAGUCUAAGGGACACAUACAUCAGCACUUAUUGGUAUGAUUCCAAACUUAAAUUGGUUCAUUAGAAUGUACUUCCUUUUCUUAAAAUGCCUAUCUCCUCAAUUGUGGAAAGAAGAGAGACCCUAAAAAUACCUCUGUUUUGGAGGUCACCUUAACUGAUUUCACAAAGGACAACAUACUGCAGUUCUAAUGAUGGAUCACAGGAGUUUCUAUCAAAGUAAGAGACACUACAAAUCUAGCAAGAUAUAUUUCACAGUAAUUCUUUCAAGAAAGUGAA